GGCGGCGGCAGCGGCGGCGGUGGUGGCGGUGGCUGCGACGGUGAAGGAUGCACCCGGCAGGCUUGGCGGCGGCGGGGACGCCCCGGCAGCGUAAGUGGCCGUCCAAGCGGAGGAUCCCGGUGUCCCAGCCGGGCAUGGCCGACCCCCACCAGCUCUUCGAUGACACGAGUUCGGCCCAGAGCCGGGGCUACGGGGCCCAGCGGGCACCCGGCGGCCUGGGCUACCCUGCGCCUUCUGCCUCGCCCCAGGCUGCCUUCCUGGCGGAUCCUGUGUCCAACAUGGCCAUGGCCUACGGGAGCAGCCUGGCCGCCCAGGGCAAGGAGCUGGUAGAUAAGAAUAUUGACCGCUUCAUCCCCGUCACCAAGCUCAAGUACUACUUUGCUGUGGACACCAUGUAUGUGGGCAAAAAGCUGGGCCUGCUCUUCUUCCCCUACCUGCACCAGGACUGGGAAGUGCAGUACCAGCAGGACACACCAGUGGCCCCCCGCUUUGACAUCAACGCUCCUGACCUCUACAUUCCAGCUAUGGCUUUCAUCACUUAUGUCUUGGUGGCUGGCCUGGCGCUGGGGACCCAGGAUAGGUUCUCCCCAGACCUCCUCGGGCUGCAGGCAAGCUCUGCGUUGGCCUGGCUGACCUUGGAGGUGCUGGCCAUCCUGCUCAGUCUCUACCUGGUCACUGUUAACACUGACCUCACCACUCUCGAUCUGGUGGCCUUCUUGGGCUACAAAUAUGUUGGGAUGAUUGGCGGGGUCCUUAUGGGCUUGCUCUUUGGGAAGAUUGGCUACUACCUGGUGCUGGGCUGGUGCUGCGUGUCUAUCUUUGUGUUCAUGAUCCGGACGCUGCGGCUGAAGAUCCUGGCGGAGGCAGCGGCCGAGGGCGUCCCGGUGCGCGGGGCCCGGAACCAGCUGCGCAUGUACCUGACCAUGGCCGUGGCGGCGGCGCAGCCCCUGCUCAUGUACUGGCUCACCUUCCACCUGGUGCGGUGAGGGCGGCCCGGCCCGCGCCGCCAGCUGCUGCUCCGCGCGGCCGCCGCCGCCCCUCCGCCCGCCCGCGGGGACACCGGCGCCGCCCCGAUCCCGAGACGCCACCCCCCACCCCCUCCGGGCCGAGGUGCUGACAUGUCCAGCUGCACCGGCCGCCCCGCAGAGCGGCCGCUGUUCCGGAAACAAUAAACCGUGAUGGGCACGGC